ACCACCAAAGCACCUGUUUGGAGGCUAUAGGGGCGCUUAAUGUCAUUUUAAUAAUGUGUCCCCUUGGAUCAUUUACCUUGUUUCAUUUAACUUUGAAUUUUAUUUUGCCCUACGUUUUCAGGCUUUGUAGGCUACCACCAGCUCUGAAAACGUCCACAUCCAAAUUCCAAUCAGAUUACAUGGGCUAAUCGAGGCAAACGCAAGACAGACCUGUUGCGUUCCAACAUGGCAGGAAAGAGACGGAAUGGCCCGAGAGCCAACAACGGCAGCAGGGGGGGCGGUGGUGGUGGUAGCGGCGCGCAGAGGCAACCCCAGCAGCAACCCCAACAGCAACAGCAACGUCGUCGCCGGAAUAAACCACGACAGACAUUGUCACAGCCUGCAAUCUUUGCUAGGGUCAAAGGCAGUGAGACGGCCAUCCCUUAUGAGAGAGUGACACUUGAGCAGGCUCGCAGAGGAACUCCAGUGGAUCGGCCGGUGAGAGUCUACGCAGAUGGCAUAUUUGACCUAUUCCACUCUGGUCAUGCCCGUGCUCUGAUGCAAGCCAAGGCCCUGUUUCCAAACACACAGCUAAUAGUAGGAGUAUGCAGCGAUGAACUCACACACAAGUGUAAGGGCUACACCGUGAUGACCGAGGGUGAACGUUAUGAGGCCUUGCGACACUGUCGCUAUGUCGAUGAGGUGGUCCGUGAUGCACCCUGGACCAUUAGCCCUGAGUUUCUAAAGAUCCACAGGAUUGACUUUGUGGCCCAUGAUGACAUCCCAUACACAUCAGCAGGAUCUGAUGAUGUCUACAAACACAUCAAAGAAGCAGGAAUGUUUGUGGCUACUCAACGGACAGAUGGAAUCUCCACUUCUGACCUUAUCACCCGGAUUGUGCGAGAUUAUGACGUGUAUGUGCGUCGCAAUUUGCAAAGAGGUUACACCGCCAGAGAACUCAAUGUGGGAUUUAUCAAUGACAAGAAGUACCGUCUGCAGAACCAGGUGGACAAAAUGAAGGAGACGGUGCACACCCUGGAGGAGAAGAGCAAGCACCUAGUGCACCGGGUGGAGGAGAAGAGCCAUGACCUCAUCCUGAAGUGGGAGGAGAAAUCCCGCGAGUUCAUCGGGAACUUCCUGGAGCUGUUUGGGCCUGACGGAGCCUGGCACAUGAUUCAGGAGCGGAGUGGACGAGUGCUUCAGGCCCUGUCGCCGUAUCAGUCCCCCCGCGGCUCUCCAAGCAGCAGCCCCACCAGGGGGCGCUCUCCUUCGCCCCCGACCCACUGGCCCCUCCUGCGCUUCAGGUCACCUCCACCCACCCCGAAAGCACGCCGCAGCAGCCCUGGAAGCGAGGGGGAUGAGGAAGAGAAAUAAAUGUGCCAGUCUUAUAUGUACACACACACUGACACACGCACCGACACAUAUACACACAAACACACGCAGACACACACACAAACACAUCAAUGCAAGCAGGCAAGACGUACUCUAACUCAGCCACAUGCAGAUGCACACACGUGCACACAUACAUACAUACACACCACAUACAGUAUAACCAUGUGAUGUACAAGCACCAGCACAAAGAUAACAUGAAAUGCACUUUGCCUCUCUGACUCAAAUACAUUCACAUACAGAAAGAGUAGCUCCUUAGGUGCAUGCAUGUGUCUCCAAAACUAAAACUCAUAUGUAUUUAUUCCUAUACUGCAUGUACAAACUUAAUGACGGAUAUAUUUGAUUCUGGAUAUUGAAUUCCUUCAUAUUUUUAAACAAAAUAAAUUUAAACAUUUAAAAUGUGAUAUAAUUCAUAUUAUUAUAUUUAUUAUAUUUGCAAAACAAAGCACCAAAAUCAGAUAUGUCAUCAAUGAGAAAAUGCUUUUCAUUCUAGGACUUUAUGAUUGAUAAUAUGGUAAAUUGGUAUUACCAUGUGCCACACCAUGCCAUUUUGUGUUUUUGAGAUUAUAACGUGUAUGUGCGCUGCAAUUUGCAAAGAGCAGCUGGAGAACUCAAUGUGAGAUUGAUCAAUGUAAUGCUCUGAUGUAAUGUAAUGUUCUUGUAAUGCUGCUAUAAUGCUGAACCUCAGUGCUACAUGA